UACCGACACACAUGUGGGCUCUCGUCCAAUACAGGGCUGGGACGAUUAUGGAGCUCCUAUUGAUAUCGCACCAGUCCUGCAGGAAACCACCUGGGAGAACUGUGUUACCGACUUGUUUUCUCUGGAUAGUCUACCAGACAUCCUUAGUCAGGAUCAAAUCGAUCCUUACAGCCUGCAACAUGGUUUCGAUAUAGAUAGCAAGGCAUCUCUUCUUUUUGUAGAAGAACAAAUUCAACGAUGGGCCGAAGACAAUGUCUCUUCUCAUCCCACAUCACCUGGUCCUCAAGAUCGAGACGAGAGUAGAAUAUGCUACGGCCUGAUCGCGCGUUCUCCAGUAAAGCUUAUCGGCGAUAUGUCCGUCGUGGAUUCGAAACUAGCGUCUGGUGACGGUCAACCCAUCCCGGGACACUUUCAAAUGCUAAUCACCAAGGCCGAAGACCGAUAUUUGGUUGGUUUCCCCGACGGAACGCUACUUGGAGAGGCUAAUGCUCUCUUGGAAGAAGCUCUGGAAAGCAUUGAGAAGCAAAGGCACCGCGUUGACUUGGAAGCAUUUGCUCCCAUAAGACCUAUUCGGGAGACUAUAUAUAGAGCUACAAAGGAGAAAGAGGCAGUGGUCAGAGUCAACAUCAAUAUCUACGGUCCCAGUAGCGUCACACAGGAGAUUGGCUCAAUCCUUUCCUCUAAGAAAAUAUAUCUACAACGACCCGACUAUAUUAAGCCAGGAAUGUCUUACGAAAACCCUCAUGUUCUGAAACUGGGGAAUUUCCAGCACUCCUUUCACAGCCAGGAAGUUGACUUGCGCACCGAGCAACAGCCUGAGAGUGAAGUCGCAAAAGCUGAAGCCUUUCAGAAAACGAUCGACACCAUAUACUCUUCUCUCACACGGGGCCAAACUCUCGCUGGGUUGGAGGGUGACGACCGUCUCAAGACACAGCUCUUGACCCAUCAAAAGCAAGCACUACACUUCAUGUCACAAAGAGAGAAUGGCCCAAUACCUGAAAAGUUCCGCCUUUGGGUUCCUAGCGAACAAGAUGGGAGACCAUGUCAACGCCACGUCAUAACCAACAAUGCGUCUUUGGCAGAAUAUUCUGAAACGGGAGGAGGGAUACUGGCGGAUGAGAUGGGCAUGGGCAAAAGCUUGAGCAUUCUAGCAUUGAUAUUGCGCACUCUUGGCGAUGGCCAUAAGUGGGCAUCUGAGCAUGACACCAUGCUAGAUAAUGGUUCCAGCCAUUACAAAUCGCGUCGACGCUCGCGAGCCACGUUGGUCAUUGCUUCCUCUGACCUGAUGAUCAACGAGUGGUUCCAAGAGAUGAAGAUACACUUUGAAGCUCAGAUCUGGGGUGCUCUACGAACUGUCAAGUAUCACGGAACAAAUCGUGAGUCAAAUAUCGACACCUUGGCCGAAUCCGACAUUGUGGUUACCACCUACCAUACACUUUACAUGGACUCCCAGCGAGGCAAGAACCCAUUACGCGACAUUGAAUGGUACAGGUUGGUGCUCGAUGAGGCGCAUAUAAUCCGUCGGCUCUCGACAGUAUUCUACCGUACUGUUGCCGAGUUGAAAGCACGAUCUCGCUGGUGCCUAACGGGCACCCCGAUCCAGAACCGACUGGAAGAUAUUGGUUCCUUGUUCGCCUUCAUCCGUAUCAUUCCGUUUAACAAUCCGUCGAACUUUCGAAAGUACAUUAGCGUACCCUUUGACGAAGGUGGGAAACGCCGUGACCUUGCGAUCGAACGUUUCACCCGAUUGCUUGACUCACUCUGCCUGCGAAGAACAAAGGAUCUGCUACAUCUGCCCGAACAGCAUUCUCGUGUCCGCAAGUUGGAGUUCUCAGCAGAGGAGAGGAUGCAAUACGAACAGACGAAGAAGAUUAUGCUCCGGGCUGCUAAGAACCAGGUGGGCGGGUUUGACCAAAAGAGUACACUCGGCCUAUUUCAAGUGCAACUACAGUUGCGCAUCCUGUGCAAUCACGGCACAUUUCAGCAGCCUUUUUCAUGGAACAGAAGAAAGAUGCAUCUGCUUGACGAGAGGGAAGCCAUGGAGGCAUCUUCAGGUAGGGAUGGUGAGGUUACUUGCUCGGCCUGCAAGCAGACCAUGCCCCUUCUCGGAGCAGGUUCAAUGUUUCGACGCUUUGAUGAGCAUUGUCGACACGUACUCUGCUCCGAAUGUAUGGAAGAAAGUAUGCCUGAAGCAAACCCGGGUGUUGUGACAAACUGUCCUUUGUGUUCAUCACUCUGGAAAAUAACCUCUCGCUCCGCCAAUAGCACGUUCCUACAGCAGGAAGAUGGCAGAUACUUUCGUGCACAGGGAAGAUCAUCCAAGAUACAAGCAUUGAUGGAGGAUGUGAGAGUUGACAUCUGGUCAACGAAGAGCAUUAUUUUCUCUUGCUGGACUCACACUCUCGAUCUUAUUGGAUCCGCCCUCGGACAACUUAAUAUUACCUUUCGACGAAUAGAUGGCGAAUGUCCUACUGCUAAGCGCGAAAAGAUCCUAGACGAGUUUGCUCACGACCCCUCACUACGCGUUCUAAUUAUGACGACGGGUACGGGAGCUGUGGGACUAAAUCUUGCUACAGCCAACCGUGUUUUCUUAGUCGAGCCACAAUGGAACCCAAGUGUAGAAAACCAAGCUAUCGCGCGAGCGUUGCGUCUCGGGCAGGAGCAGGCAGUUCAAGUGACUCGAUACGUGGUAAACGGCACAGUUGAGCAAGAUAUGCGCUCGCUUCAAGACAGGAAGCUGAAGAUGGCUCAUAUGGCGUGGGAAUAAAAUAAUUUCGUCGUCUAUCGCUAGAUUUCCCCGCUCGUUUAGCACUAUACCCAGAUUCUCCAGUUAACAAAUAUCCUAUCGUAACUAUGCGCGGGCGUUUCC